AUGCAGCACUAUGGGGUCAAUGGUUACUCUCUACAUGCCAUGAACUCUUUGAGUGCAAUGUAUAAUCUUCACCAACAAGCAGCACAACAGGCCCAGCAUGCUCCUGACUACAGGCCAUCUGUCCAUGCACUGACUUUGGCUGAGAGGCUGGCUGAUGUGUUUUUAUUUUCCAACGGCUGUGCAUUUCAAGAUAUUAUCCUUGAGGCAAGGUAUGGGUCCCAGCAUCGUAAGCAACGUCGGAGUCGGACAGCAUUCACUGCUCAACAGUUGGAGGCUCUGGAGAAGACAUUCCAGAAAACACACUAUCCCGAUGUAGUGAUGAGAGAAAGGUUGGCCAUGUGCACGAACUUGCCAGAAGCUAGAGUACAGGUCUGGUUUAAAAACCGCCGCGCCAAGUUCCGGAAGAAGCAACGCAGCUUGCAGAAAGAGCAGCUCCAGAAACAGAAAGAGGCCGAAAUGAGCCAGGAGGAGACGAAAGCCGAGAAACCAGCCACAGAAACCCAGGGCUGCUCAGAAGUCAGCGAGCCACGCAGUGCUGGCGGCGAGCCGAUUAACAUCGAGUUAAAUGUCACCUCGGCCGAGCAGUCAGACAGUGAAUCAUCAGCAGAGGAGCAGACGGACAGAGAGCGAGAGUAUAAAUCGCCGGCAGAGGAGUUUAAGCAAGAGAAGAGCUGCAGUCCCGACAGCAAACCAACAACCUGCAAACGGGGGAGCCCGAAAUCAGAUUCGCCGAUUAACACGACAGGGACACCAGCUUCCAGCAGCGGGAGUAACCUGGUGCAAACUCACUCCUACUCGUCCUCUCCCCUCAGCCUGUUCCGGCUGCAAGAGCAGUUCCGCCAGCACAUGGCAGCUACCAACAACCUCGUCCACUACUCUUCCUUCGACAUGGGGAGCCCGCCGGCCAUGCCAUACCUGGGCAUGAAUAUGAAUGUAGCGCCCAUCAGCUCGCUCCACUGCCAGUCCUACUACCAGUCGCUCUCGCACGCCCAGCAAGUGUGGUCGAGCCCGAUCCUGCAAGCGUCGAGCGCCCUGCCCAAUCUCAACAGCAAAACGACCAGCAUCGAGAACCUCCGGCUCCGAGCCAAGCAGCACGCAGCGUCCCUGGGACUGGACAGUCUACCAAACUGA